AUGUCAAAGAGCUCGAGGUAUAACGGUGAAGACAUAUGGAAGAACAGUGUAGAAAAGAUAAAUUCCGAGUUGUUCACAUUGACAUAUGGAUCUGUUGUAGCUCAGUUGUGUCGUGAUUUCGGCAACAACUACAAUGAGGUCAACAACCAGCUAGACAAGAUGGGGUAUAAUAUCGGAUUGCGGUUGAUUGAGGAAUUUUUAGCUAAGACUGGAGUUAGGCGGUGCCUGACUUUCAGAGAGACAGCAGAGAUCAUCAGUAAAGUAGGAUUCAAAAUCUUUCUCAAUAUCACUCCUACAAUAGAAAACUGGUCUAGUGAUGGCAAGAGUUGUUCUUUGAUUAUUAUUGAGCCAAAUCCCCUCACAGAGUUUGUGGAAUUGCCUAUUGUAGGGGAUCCCAAAAUCAAUAAGGAGUUGUGGUACUCACAGAUAUUGUGUGGAGUGUUACGAGGAGCCUUGCAGAUGGUUCAAUUGGAUGUAGAGGUUGGUUUUGUCAAAGAUGCAUUAAGAGGUGACGAUAGAACUGAAAUGAGAUUGAAGUUGAACCGUGUGUUGAAGGAUGAGAUUCCAGCCGGCGAAGAUUGA